AUGGCAUGCUUCGAGCGUACAUGGCACAGAGAACUCGCCACCUCUUCAUACCAGCAUUGGCGACUGUCGGCAGCUCCCACGCGAGCUUUGCGGCGUGGACGGGACCUCCGAAGGACUGUUGCAGCACCACAAACCAUUUGGUCCGAUUGGAACAGCCGUACUCGAGUACGGGGGACUCGGCGAGCGUGUGGAAUGAUGGCGUUGCGACACGUCACGGCGGGCGGGCAGGGAGGGCCCCGAACACAGCUUGAGGUCAGCCCGAUAGGCAAGACAUUUGGCUUCUUGCCAAUGUUGGAGUAUUUAAGUCUCAGCGCUGCGAGAAAGAGGGCUACGAAGGACCGCGGCAUGGCGCGCAGGGAAUGUACAGCGAAGGUGCACCUAGUUCCAGACGUUGGAGCGGAUGCGACCAACACGAGCUCCGCAGAUGCCGCCUGGGAUGCGAGAGGCAUUAGAGCGUCGUAA